AUGCAGAACGAAAAGGGAGAUGUCGUCGAUCUCUACAUCCCGCGGAAAUGCUCCGCUUCAAACCGUCUGAUCACCGCCAAGGAUCACGCGUCCGUGCAGAUCAAUGUCGGGCGCGUGGACGAGAACGGCGUCCUGACCGGCGAGUUCGACACGAUCGCCCUGUGCGGCUUUGUGCGCCGCAAGGGCCUCAGCGACGACGCAUUCUACCGCCUCGUCAGGGAUAAGGGAUUCUUCGACGAGACCAAGUAA